AUACCGUUAGAUAAUUUCAUCAGUUCUCUUUCGAGAUUCACUCACUCUUCGUUUCCCGCCAAAUAGAAUGCCGAUGAAUCGCCGCAGCUCCGCUAGCUCCACCGCCGCUCCGCCGCCGUCGCUCAAAUCCGUGCAAUCGAAGCUCAUGCGCAUCGUCUGCCGCCACGAGCGGCUCAAAAUCUCGUUCGACGAGCUCCGAUCUCAGGUUGGAGCUGGUUUGCUCGAGGUGGAAGACGUGUUCGUGUCGCUGGCUGUACAGCUGAUGAAGCUGGUAGGACUGAAGACGGCUGAAAUGGCUGAAGAGAGUAGAUUCAGCACGAUCGUCACUUCUUUUGACCAUUCAGAGCCAGAAGAUUAUAUGAAAAAGGCCAUGGAAGCUGGCAAUGAGCUGAUGGAGAGGCAGAGGCUACAGUUAACUCAGCUCAUCGGCCUUCUUCAAAACAUCGAAGCUCAAGUCAAUUCAAGCCAAGAAAGCAUCUUUCAGGAGCUCGCCAACCAUCAAGCGUCCAUAAAACGCCUCUUCCAGCAAGCUUCGUCAUUUGUUUCUUCGGCUCAUCAGUCCGGCCGAAGCAACGACGUGAUGCAAAGGGUUCUGAAGUUAUUAUUUGCUCAAGUAGGAGCUGCACUUGGAUCAGUGGAGACCGGGGUGGAAGACAUGGUCAGCGGACUGGCUGACAAGAUGUGCAGUCCCAUGGUUCAGUACGUGCACGGACUUAAGGUUGAAAUGAAAACAGGAACGUGCUCAAGUUUGUUGGAUGUUGUUAAGGAGAUGAGUGAAGCAAUGCAUGUCAGGAGGCUUGAGUUGGAAGAAGCAAGACAUCAGACGAAGGCAGCAGAAGCAAGCAAGAUCGAGGCAUUUAGCAAGUUAACACAGUCACAAGAAACAAGCAAGAAGCUGAUGAUGUCAUUAGCAUUGUUACAGGAAGAAGAGUGUGCAAAAGGGAUGAGAGAAGAUGAAGGGAAAGAUGAGAGCUUGUUGUGGGAGCUACUGAGGCAGAAAAAGCAAUCACUCUCAGACAGUCCUCUUGGACCAAACGAGCUUCUAGGCAUAGGAAGAAGCAACAAAAGACUCCCUUCAAAAAGGGUGAUUCCCUUGCUCGCUCAGAGGCCUCCUAAACGUCCUCACCGUGAUUCGCAGUCUUCUUCCAUCAAUGCCAAGAUGCUCUUAGGUUCAUCCCCUUCAACAACAACAACAGCCAGACGUGUAACUCGCGCAUCACUAAAAGCCCAGCAGGCGAACGGGUAACUCGCUCAUCACUAAAAGCCUAGAAGCACCAGUUUUUGCAGACCAAAGUGUUGUCAGUUCUUACAUUACACUUAUCACCACAUACCAUUGCUAGUGUUCAGGAAAGUAGGUGUAUUUUUCUGCUAUUCAUGUGAAUUAUUGUGUAAAUCAGCUUUUAUUUGGCUGCUGUUAAAUGUUGAUAGAUAUGAAAUAUAGCUAAUCAUUACCACAGUAUUCUUUCUCUUGAACCUCAUAGUAAAUGGAUUUCUUUAUUGGGAUGAGCA